AUUCUAUAAUGGUAUAUAUACAGAUUUGGUAUUAUUGGCUAUCAUUGGACGGUCACAUUGUAUUGAAUUUUAGAUUUUUUCGAGUUGCGUCGCUUUGUUUUUCGGUUUAUACCAAAUUAAUUACUAAAAUAAAAUACGGUACGAAUUUUGGCGGUCAUCUUUUAAAGGAUUCCCAUAAAAUUUUGAUUGCCAACUAACAUGAAAAUUGCCAAAAUGAAACUGGAAUCCAAGAUCCGGAAAGAAGCCCCCGUAGAUAAGUCGGUGCGUCGACAGUACCAUCAGCGAUACCGAUCAGAGUGGGAGAGGUUUCCCUCGUUUUCUCAUUGGCUCCAACCCAGCAAUGAUGGUUACUCGGCACACUGCAAGAUCUGCGAUGUUAAUGUGCUCGCCAGACUAGCAUCCAUCAAGCAGCAUCACAUAACAAGAAAACAUCAAGAGGCCAUGAAGUGCAAUGACUUUUUAUGCAAGAACUUAAUUAAGGAAGAGUUGGAGGCGGUAAUGCAGCUGCCGGAGGAUACACGGGCUUAUUCAACCAAAACUAAGACAAAGCCGAAGUCCAAAGCUAAACCAAAGAUCAAGACGGAGAUGAAGGAAGACGACGAAGUGGUCGAUGAAGACCUGGCUUCAAACGAUUCAAUGUUGGACGACUUGCUAGGCGGUGAGCCGCUGGAGGCGCAGUACAUACCAGAGGAAGUGCAAAUGGACGAAAACCAGGAACAGGAGGCGCACAUAGAGGAGGAAGUCUAUGAAGAGAUAAACAAUAAGCAGGACCAAGAAAUUCAAGAUGACUAUAACGAUGAGCUCCUAUCUGAGGAGAACAUGAUGAGCGAAUUCGAUUUGUUUGGCAAGAGCGUUGCGCUCCAACUAAAUAACAUGAGGCUGGAGGACGCCCUGCUCUGCCAAGAGCGACUGCAAGUGGUACUAACAGAGUUCCGCCUCAAAAUCCUUAAACGCAAAAGAGAAGGAAAACGAUCCUUUUAAUCUUACUGUAUAUAUCAUUUGUUGUCUUAUUUACAUUAUCUUUUUAUGUUCUAAAUAAAAAUCUACUCUGCUUCUAUUUCGUCAAUAAA